AUGGAGUCAAAGAGCUCCAGCGACAACCCGACUAAUGUCGGCCAGGAGAAGGGCACCACAGUCACCGAGCAGGCUGGAGAUGUCCAGACGGGCGCCGGCUUUGCCUUCCAGGAGGAGAGCUACUGGACCCGAAAUGGUCUCACGCUCGAGUCCUUCCAGCGUCGCAAGUUCACUGGCGAUGCCGAACUCGAUCGCCGCAUGAAGCCCCGCCAUCUUCAGAUGAUCGCCAUCGGUGGUUCUAUCGGUGCAGGUUUCUUUGUCGGUUCAGGAAAAGCCCUCUACAAUGGCGGUCCUGGAUCUGUUCUUGUUGAUUUCAUUCUGAUUGGUGCCAUGAUCUUCAACGUCGUCUACGCUCUUGGUGAACUUGCCGUCAUGUAUCCCGUGAACGGUGGCUUCUACAUCUACUCGUCUCGCUUCAUCGAUCCUUCUUGGGGUUUCGCCAUGGGUUGGAACUACGUCGCACAAUGGGCCACCGUCCUACCACUCGAAUUAACCGUCUGCGCUGUCUGUAUCCAAUAUUGGAAUGAGGAGCUUUCACCAGGAAUCUUUAUCGCCAUCUUCCUCGUUGCCAUUAUCAUCAUCAAUAUCUUUGGUGGUAUUGGUUAUGCUGAGGAAGAGUUCUGGUCGUCUUGCUUGAAGCUUGGUGCUACCGUUGCUUUCAUGUUCAUUUCUCUCGUUCUUGUUUGUGGUGGCGGCCCCGACAACGGCCGCUACAACGAGUACUGGGGUACCCGUCUCUGGAAUGAGGACCCCGGUGCUUUCAAGAACGGUUUCAAGGGAUUCUGUUCAGUCUUCGUCACUGCUGCUUUCUCCUUUGCUGGUACUGAGCUGGUUGGUCUUGCUGCUGCCGAGUCUGAGAACCCCACCAAGGCCCUCCCCGGUGCCAUCAAGCAGAUUUUCUGGCGUAUUACGCUCUUCUUCGUUCUUGGUCUCUUCUUCAUCGGUCUCCUCAUCAGCUGCACUGAUGACCGACUCAAUAUUUCCGGUUACUCCAACGCCAAGGCUUCCCCCUUCGUCCUUGUUGGCGAGUACUCCGGCCUCAAUGGGUUGAACCACUUCAUGAACGUUAUCAUUCUCGUGUCGGUCCUGUCCCUCGGUGUGUCGUGUGUUUAUGGUGGUUCCCGUACUCUGACUGCCAUGGCCCAGAACGGCUAUGCUCCCAAGGUGUUCACCUACAUUGACCGGGGUGGUCGUCCCCUCAUUUCCGUCAUUGUCCACAUCCUCAUGGGUUUCAUCGCCUUUGUCAACUUGGACCCCAAGGGUGGAGAGAUCUUCGACUGGCUCCUGGCUCUUUCUGGUCUCUCAACCCUCUUCACCUGGGGCUCUAUCUGCCUCGCUCACAUCCGCUUCCGUAAGGCUUGGGCUCAGCAGGGUCACUCUCUGGACGAGAUCCCCUUCAAGGCUGCCUUUGGUGUUGCUGGCUCGUACUUCAGUCUCGGUCUGAUCGUUCUCGUCCUUAUCGCUCAGUUUUACGUUGCCAUUGUUGCCCCCCCUGGUUCCGACGGUAUGGGCACUGUCGAGGGAUUCUUCAUCUCCUACCUUGCUUUCCCUGUUGUCCUUGCCUUCUGGGCUAUUGGCUACCUCUGGAAGCGUGAGGGCUGGCUGUCCAUUGAUAAGAUCGACGUCGACACUGGUCGACGUGAGCACAACUGGGAGGAGAUCAACGCUUACCGCGCCAAGGUUGCCACUUGGCCUGCCUGGCGACGAUUCCUCAACAAGAUCAUGUAA